GAAGUCAUCCCCUCAGCUUUGCCUGCUCCCUCCGUCCCUCUCCUCCCGCCCCCCUUCUCCGGGCCUCACCUAACCAAACCAAAGACCAUGGUGCACUGUGCCGGCUGCAAAAGGCCCAUUCUGGACCGCUUCCUCUUGAACGUGCUGGACAGGGCCUGGCACGUCAAGUGCGUCCAGUGCUGUGAAUGUAAAUGCAACCUGACCGAGAAGUGCUUCUCCCGGGAAGGCAAGCUCUACUGCAAGAAUGACUUCUUCCGGUGUUUUGGUACCAAAUGCGCGGGCUGCGCGCAGGGCAUCUCCCCCAGCGACCUGGUCCGGAGAGCUCGGAGCAAAGUGUUUCACCUGAACUGCUUCACGUGCAUGAUGUGCAACAAGCAGCUCUCCACCGGCGAGGAGCUCUACAUCAUUGAUGAGAACAAGUUCGUGUGCAAAGAGGAUUACCUAAAUAACAGCAGUGUCGCCAAAGAGAAUAGCCUCCACUCCGCCACCACGGGCAGUGACCCCAGUUUGUCUCCGGAUUCCCAAGACCCAUCGCAGGACGAUGCCAAGGACUCAGAGAGUGCCAAUGUGUCGGACAAGGAAGGAGGAAGCAACGAGAAUGAUGACCAGAACCUGGGUGCCAAGCGCCGAGGGCCACGUACCACCAUCAAAGCCAAACAGCUGGAGACGCUGAAGGCCGCCUUCGCUGCCACCCCCAAGCCCACGCGACACAUCCGGGAGCAGCUAGCUCAGGAAACUGGCCUCAACAUGCGUGUCAUCCAGGUCUGGUUCCAGAACCGGCGCUCCAAGGAGCGGAGGAUGAAGCAGCUGAGCGCGCUGGGCGCCCGGCGCCACGCCUUCUUCCGCAGUCCGCGCCGGAUGCGGCCGCUCGUGGACCGCCUGGAGCCGGGAGAGCUCAUCCCCAACGGCCCGUUCUCCUUCUACGGAGAUUACCAGAGCGAGUACUACGGUCCCGGGGGCAACUAUGACUUCUUCCCGCAAGGCCCCCCGUCCUCGCAGGCUCAGACGCCGGUGGACCUGCCCUUCGUUCCCUCAUCCGGCCCUUCUGGAACGCCCCUGGGUGGCUUGGAGCACCCACUGCCAGGCCACCACCCUUCGAGUGAGGCGCAGAGGUUCACCGACAUCCUGGCACAUCCCCCGGGGGACUCACCCAGCCCAGAACCCAGCCUGCCCGGGCCUCUGCACUCCAUGUCAGCUGAGGUCUUUGGGCCCAGCCCGCCCUUCUCCUCGCUGUCUGUCAAUGGCGGGGCGAGCUACGGAAACCACCUGUCCCAUCCCCCAGAAAUGAACGAGGCGGCCGUGUGGUAGCGGGGGUCUCUCACGGUGCACGGAAUACGUGGUUGUACAGAAAUGAAACUUUUAUUUAAGAAAA